ACCAGAUACAUUAUUUAGCUAGCUAAAUUCAUAGCAUGGCUUGAUUGAUUUAUAUAGUUGGGUCAAGCGUACACGUGACACACUAGUUACAUUAACUUACCGGUAGCUUAGCUUGCUAGCUAGGUGUUGUCAACUUUUCAAUGGUGCGUCUUUCAGUUUCAACUUUAGCGUUGUCAUUUCGAGCUCACGAGAGCGAGGGUAAAAAAGUUUAGAAACGAAACGGUGGGUCGAUCUGCUAAGAAGACAACAGAGUCAGAGAUGGAUAUCGCCCACGUCGCUACAGAGUAUGUGUUUAGUGAUUUCCUCCUGAAGGAGCCGGGUCAGGGAAGGUACCGCGCCGUGCGCACUGAGCUAGCCGUGGACAAGAUGGUGACGUGCGUGGCGGUGGGACUCCCUCUCCUCCUCAUCUCUCUAGCCUUCGCCCAGGAGGUCUCUGUGGGUGUUCAGAUCAGCUGUUUCCCUCCAGCUAACUUUUCCAGGCGUCAGGCCAUGUACGUGGACUCCUACUGCUGGGCAGCCCUACACACUCGAACACUACAGUUAUGGCAACACAAGUUCUUCCCCUAUAUCCUGCUGUUGGUAGCAGUAAUUAUGUAUAGUCCAGCAGUUUUCUGGGGUUUCUCUGCCUCUCCUCUGCUUCAGUCAGACCUCAGCUUCAUCAUAGAAGAGCUCGACCGCUGCUACAACCGUGCUGUCACUCUGGCUAAACGCAUGGCCACUGCUGGGGAAUACACAGACAGUGGUGCGUCCGACCCUACUGAGGGGUGUUUCAUGUACCCGGUGGUGGAGCAGUAUCUGCUGACCAAGAGGAGGAGUGUUGUGUUGUUGUGGCGCUACCUGCUGUGUCGAGGCCUCAACCUGCUCACCUUGCUUUUGGCCUGUGUCUACCUGGGCUACUACCUCUGCCUCGCCUCCCUCACUGACCAGUUCGGCUGUUCCCUACGCACCGGACUCCUGGCCAAUGACACCUCGAUCCCCGACCAAUUACAGUGCAAGCUAGUCGCCGUGGGCGUUUUCACUUUGCUAAGCUUUGUUAACCUGCUGGUGUACGCCAUGCUGGUUCCCGUGGUGAUAUACUCCGCUCUGCGCCCUUUCCUCCAAUCACACACCCAUUUCCUGAAGUCCUACCAAUCACUGCCUACCACCGGUGUUCUGCCGCGCCCCCAGGGGCAAUGGGAUGACCUGACACUCUACUUACUUUUCCUGGAAGAAAACCUCAGCGAGCUCAAGUCCUACCAGUACAUGAAGGUGUUGGAGUUGCUGAGGAGGAGGGGGGUGUGUGAGGGCGAGGACUUUGAUGCCAUGAGACUGCUUCAGAUGCUGUGUCUGGUGAAGACUGAUGUCACAGACGGAAAGAGGAGCAACGCAGCUACCUCCAAUGCUAGUGACAAAACCCCCAAUGAUAAUGCUGGCCUUAAUGCUAAAGCUAAUGACAACCCUAUUGCUAAAGCUAGCCAAAUUGCUAAUGCUAACCCUGUCGCUGGGGAGGCCAGUAGCAAGGCCCAAGUCCCCAGUCCAGCUUCUCCAGACCCAGGCCGAAGCCAGACCAGUGCCACUGAGAUGACAGGCAACAGUGGAAUGGAAGGCGGAGUGACGAGGGGGCGGUCCGACAGCGAAUGAUCUGAUCGUUGUCAUGAAGGAACAGCCCCAGUGGGUUGUGGGACACUAGGAACCAGAGCGGUUCUAAGACCCAGACACUCAACAAGCCAUUAUCUAAACAACUCAGACUAAGGAUUAGCAGAGAUGUCUUGAUGUCAAUGGGACACUUAACUAACGCCCGUGGUACUAGCCAACAAUGCCAUGAAGUAGCUUUGAUGUGAUCGAGGAUUUGAAUCGGACAAGCAGUUUCUGGGUAUCUUCCUAUAUUCAAAGCCAUACUGCCCAAGGUGUAUUUGUGUGUGGUGGUGGUAUACUGUCUGCAGAAGGGUCGAUCUAUAAACUAUGGUACCACUGAGGAUUUCCUACACAGGACAACUUGAUACAGCUGUUGAUAAUACAUUGAUAAUAUUCUGGCUUUUUAAAAAAUGUAAUUACAUGAAGAAAUAAGGGGAGAUCGUGGCUAUAUUCAAUACAAUUCACAAGUUGAUGUGGGGUUGCUGAGGAGUUUACCUGUCUAAUAAAGCCCUUUUGUGGGGAAAAACUCUGAUUGGCUGGGCCUGACUCAUGGCUGCACCACAGCCCAGUCAUGUGAAAUCCAUAGAUUAGGGCCUAAUCAAUUUUAAUUUCCUUAUAAGAACUGUAACUCAGUAAAAUCUUUGAAAUUGUUGCGUUUAUAUUUUUGUUCAGUACAUAUUAAGCCCUAUAUGUACAAUUGGAGGUCCCUUGAAAAUUAUAAUUAAUCGCUUGAAAAAGUCCCUGAAAGUCCUUGAAUUUGACUUGCCACUGUCUUUAUGAACCCUGCUUAAAGGAUGUAUAGUCCAAUGUUGUUGUAUAGGUGGAGUUAUGGGCCAAUUUGCAUAUAUUCACUUUUAUUACUCUAAAUACAUGUGGAACUGCAUGAUAAUCUUUUUUAUUUUAGUUUCAAACCAUUUUGAUAUUUUGAUCCAAAUGUCACACAUUGGCCCCAUUAUUUAUAUAAAGACCCAGAACUGUUAUUUUUAUAACAGUUAUUUUUAGUCCAGAAAUAGGCUUUCUGGGCCCGGAAGCCAGAUUGUGAUGCAUAUGUUAAUGUGGAUAAACAAAAUUAAA